AUGAAUGCUCCCGAGUCUGUUGUCUUGGACUACACCCUUCACGAUCUAUACAGUACAGACAACCAGGACCACGACAUCUGGUUGCUCUACGCCUACGCACCACCUCCUCAUAUUCAACUUGCACCAGAUACACCUGCACUCACGCGGUUUCCCGUGCAAUCACCAUUAUGCCCAGCUGUCGAAAAAGAUGAACUGGCACAGACGCUGUUUCAUGUUACAGCGCAACGGUUUGGAUUCUGCUCUGGUCCGAUGCCCCUUCUCAUCCUUGAGCCCGGCGCCCACCAAGACCAUGCAUCACCUAUUUCACGUGGCCAUGAGGCCAUUUCCCGAGUCUUCGGUCAAUUGCAGGCAAAUCAGCGGCCACUGCCAACGUACACGCAUGACCUGGCGAAUCUCGCACUCGAUAGGACGGCGCAGCUGGCCGUCAUGGUCCCGCUAGACUGGGUGGCUCAUCUGCCACACUUGAUCGAUCCCAGCACACACUACAACUUGCUCUCCAAGCGUGGGCUUGCCGAAUCAGGCCUCCCUACUCCUAGAACUGCCGUCAUCGACACUCUUCACUCUCCCCGCCGGCCAUGGACCGCUAUGGAGAUCCGACAGGAGGCUACGCGGAUGACACGGUCAAUCCGCGAGCAUCCCCUGCCCUACGUGCUAAAAGUCCCUCGGGUGACGAGUACCGGUCAAGGAACCUUCGUUGUACGAACCGAGGCCGAUCGUACAGCAGUGAAUACUAUCUUCGUUGACGAAGUGAAAUCGAUGCUCCUGGCAUUGAACCCUACCAAUGAAUCCCUUCGACCAUGCAACCUCAUCCUGCAAGAGAUGGUUUCCGGAGAGACCGUCGGACUCACGUUUUUUGUUACGAAAUCAGGGCAAGUGAUCUUCAAUUCUUGUACCCAGCAGGAGGUUGAUGAGACAUUCUGCUGGUCCGGUGGGUUGAUCUCCUACCAUGAUCAACCGAGGCUGGAGCGCCAAUACCGCAACACGAUGGACGCUGUGGGUCAUUUUCUUCAUCGGAGCGGAUAUUUUGGUCCUGCCGGAGUCGAUGUCAUGACUGACGAAUCUGGGACUCAGCUCGUGGUGGACCUGAAUGUACGUAUCACCGGGACCUAUCAUUUAGGCCCGCUGCGUGGCCAUUUCACUCGUCGGGGUUUCUUUGAGGCGGCAGCCCUGGCGACUCAUAGACUGAAAUGUACACGACCCGCGUUUGAGCGACACUUUGCCACCGACUUACGUCGGGGAUGUGUCUUAGUAACUGCAUGGGUGCAUGCAAGGGAGGCGAGCUUGGCGACAAUUACAGUGGCCGCAAAGGAUCUCACCGGUCUUCGGGAGUUGACACAGAAGCUCUCUGACUUUGCUAAACGGGGACCUACCGUCGAUGAUCUGGGAGCAUGUCUAAAGGACCAGUUUAAGUUAUAG